UAAUUCUGACUUUAAGAUAGGAACUACAAUUCGACACUCAAGUUCCCGGCGGACUGUUUUAGAAGUGACACUUUAACUGGAAUACCGCUGCAGAGAAAGUAAAAUGGCUUUGUGCAGUGUUGGUCGUCCUUUACUCCGGAACACUCGACAUGCUUUGGGAUGGUUUUUUAAGCAGAAGCAGACAUUUUGCUGUAAAGUCCAUGACUCUCAGGAGGAGGAGAUUCGAAAGAAGCUUCAGUUGUUUCCAGGAGGAUCCAUAGACCUUCAGAAACAAGAGUCGGGCAUUGCAGUGAUGACUGUCAAUAAUCCAGCACGAAUGAACGCCUUCUCAGGCAGCAUGAUGACUGAAUUGGAAGAACGGGUGUGCGAGCUAGAGACUUGGACAGAAGGAAAAGGUCUGAUUGUGCGAGGGGCUGCUGGAACAUUCUGCUCUGGAUCCGAUCUGAAUGCAGUCAGAGCAACAUCAAACCCACAGGAUGGCAUGAAGAUGUGUAUGUUCAUGCAGAAGACACUUACACGACUCCUCAGGUUGCCCCUCAUCUCUGUGGCUCUGGUUGAAGGAAAAGCGCUGGGUGGAGGUGCAGAACUCACAACUGCCUGUGACUUCAGGCUGAUGACAUCUGAUGCCAUGAUCCAGUUUGUCCAUAAACACAUGGGCUUGGUGCCUGGAUGGGGUGGAGCUGCAAGGCUGGUCCGAAUCGUUGGCAGCCAAAAUGCCCUGAAACUGCUCGCUGGUUCGAAGAAAGUUGAUCCAGACUUUGGAAAGCAGAUUGGACUAGUUGAUGACGUGUUGACUGUUGGUGAAGGAAACACUCUUGUGGACACAGAGCGAUGGCUGAGCCAGUUUACAAAGGGCUCAGCUCCUGUAAUCAGGGCUGUGAAAAAGGUGGUGUUAUCUGGCAGAGAGCUCUCUCUGGAUGAAGCCCUCACAACUGAAAGACAAGUGUUCGGGACAGUAUGGGGAGGACCAGCCAAUCUCGAGGCUCUGGCACGUAAAACAAAACACAAAUGAGAGAAUGUGGUUAAAAAAUCGACAUCUUGAACUUCAACACUAAAGUCUGCAUCUUGGGGAAAGAAAGGAACAACCAGUGACACAAUAAUAAUAGAGAUACAGACUGUUCACAGUUAUAUGUAAAGGAUAUACAUCAGCAGGUCUGAAACUGGCUUGGACAUGAACGUACUGUCUGCCAUGGUAUCUGAUUUCAGCUAGGAUUAUUCCAAUAAAUGGAGUUAUGAUUUCACUCGUUGACAAAACUGUUUAGGUAAUUUGACAUUUCCUAAAACAGCAUGAGUAUAUAUCAGUUUAUUGUUAUAAUAGUGUUUACAGUGGGUAUAACAUUACACCUCUCAAAUGUUUUAAAAAAUAAAGCUGUGUAAGAAACUGUGUUUCAUAAUUCAUCAGGAAAAAAAAAACCUUGACUCCUUCUGUGCAAA